AGCGCCGUUUAUCUCCGCGCCUCGCGAAAUACAAAACAGUAUCGCGUGCUGCGUGCGGCCGGAAGCACGUCUCGCUUGCUGCCCAAACUUUAUCGCCAACUGUGUGCUUUUAUUUUGUUUGCACGUUGGCCCAGCCCGAAAAGCUCAAAGCGCAAAGCUCGGAGGAAUUCGAAGUUAGUGCGUGCUAAGAAUGGUGUAGGUUGAUUGAUCAACAAGUCAACAACGACACUAUUCCGGAAAAGGAGAACGGAAAACAUUCCAACAGAUGAUGACAAUCGAUCACAAUCAUACAACUACAGUGCAAUCGGUAUGCUCAUUGCACAACCCACAGCUGCAGCCACAACAGCAGCACGCUUCUUCCGCUUCCCUGCCUGUUAUCAAUUAUACACCACCCCAACAACAACCUCAACCACAACAGAGAUGUUAUUCACCCACGACACCGGGAGAACUCGAACGGCGUGCGAUAAUACAACGAAAUGAUUUGUUACUACACGAGGCGGUCAUCAAGAAUGACACCGAGGGCGUCCGGCGUGUGUUGCGAGAACCCGUUGACAUUAAUUGCAGAAACAAUUAUGGGCGAUCGCCUAUGCAUUGGGCUUCGUCACGGGGGAAUCUCGAUAUUAUGGAGAUGCUCAUCGCCGCCAAAUGCGAUAUUGAAGCACGCGACAAGUACGGCAUGCGACCAUUGUUGAUGGCUGCGUGGCAUGGACAUCGGGAAGCUGUACGAUUGCUUAUCAAUACAGGUGCAUGCACAAAUUCAAACAACAAGAAAUUAUUCACGUUGCUAAUCUGCGCGGCGAAGAACAAUCGAGUGGAUGUGAUUGAGUUUCUAUUGGAAACCCUCGAGGAUGUCAAUAUGGACGCGGUGGAUAUGGAAGGACAAACGGCGUUGUUUCAUGCUGCGAUGGAAGGACACGCUGGGGUUGUACAACGACUUGGUGAGAAUGGCGCUGCUUUGGAUAAACGCAACAAGGAUUCUAAAACGGCAUUGCAUGUCGCGUCAGAACGUGGGCAUGCGGCUGUUGCGGAAUAUUUACUAGCGCACGACGCAGAUGUCGAAGCGAAAGACGCCGGUGAUAACACAUCUCUGCAUCUUGCCGCCCAGCACCAACAAACCAAAUUGGUGCAAGUCCUACUCGAUGCUCGUGCGAAUCCCAACGCUGAAAAUUCUAAGGGCAACACUCCACUGCACCUCGCAUGUAGUUUAGGUUGUAGAGGUAUACUUGAACUGCUGCUGCAACAUUCCGCGCAAAUCAAUAAACAGAACAAAGGUGGAAAUUCGCCGCUGCACAUGGCGUGCCAGGCCAAUGAAGUCAAUACGGUUGAAAUGCUCAUUUCCAGAGGGGCUAAUCUCAAUUGUCUCAAUGAGCGAUUACAGUCUCCGAUUCAUAUUGCUGCGGAAGCGGGUCAUACAGAGAUCUGUAAAUUAUUAUUGGCAGCAGGUGCUAAUAUCGAGCAACGAGAGCAGGGCGGGCGCACGCCUUUGUACAUUGCAGCGAGGGGUAGUUUUACUGCUAUCGUCGACAUGAUCAUCAAAACGGCACGUUUGGACUACCCGCAAGAGGAAGAAAAAAAUACCAAAGAGCGACGCUCGUGUAAACCUGUUUUAAACACAGCGCGACUGAAAUGGCACUCGUUUUCCAAAGAUGAAUGCGAAGAAACGCCCGUUGCGACCUCCCAUAGGGACAACGAGCGUCUGCGCGCUGUGCUUUACAAACUGAGUUAUAAACAACUCGGCCCUGGCGAAUGGAAACGCCUAGCCCAACACUGGGCGUUCACCGAAGAGCAAAUCAGAGCGAUCGAACACCAAUAUACAGGACCAUCCAGUUAUAAAGAACAUGGAUUCCGAAUGAUGCUCAUUUGGGCACACGGAUUAGCACAGGAUGUCAACCCUGUGAAGGAAUUGUACGAAAGUUUGGUGGCGAUCGAUAAAAAGCAUGUCGCCGACGCGCUGCGAAAAAAACUGGACCAACAGAACGAAGAACGCCGCAAAGGGCGCCAGAAAUGCUCGCGGUGUUGCAUAACAUAAAAGUUUUCAAGUUAUUUCAUGCUAUAGCCAGACCUAACCUAACCUAAAUUCCAACGUGUCUUAAAAUUCAAACUAUUUACAUAUGCACCACAUUCGAUCAACGUACAACGUGUUUAAUAAAAUAAUCUCUUUGUGUACAUACACCUCUAGGUGUCAAUUAAAAAUCGAUUAAAUUCUUUCAAGCA